GGGAAAUAUAAUUUUGUAUAAUUGUUUUCUUAUUUUCAUUAAAAAAAUUAAGAUGAUUAUGGCGUGAUUCUUGCAGGGAUGUGUAACGGAUGUUUUUUUUAAGUCUCUAGAUUAGGAUGUGUAGGCCAGGACAUCUUUGCAGCAGAACAUUUCAUUUAAAAUAAUUUUUUAAGAUUUAAGAAAUGUAAGAAAUAUUGUACCUCCUGUGAUUUGAAAAUUGCAGUAGGCUGUAUUGCAAUUUUGAUAAAAUUUUGAUUAGUUGUUCAGCCCUGGCACAUUAUUUAAUUACUAGAUCUAUUAGUGAUGUAGGCUACUAGUUAUACACUAAAUUAAAAACACCUUUUUUUCUUAUUAUCUUAGGUUCUGGCCUAUGGGGUGGCAGUGUAAGAUCUGCAAGUCUUUGUCUGCAACAAAAGGGAAUCUACUAAAACAUUACAGACUACAACACGCAACAUUUGGUCGUGGGCAAACCCAGCCAUGUCUAUAUGACAGUUGCCCUUGCCCAUUUAAAACACAGGGUGCCCUUCGCACAAAUUUGUCCAGGUAUCAUACAGCUCAUGGCAGUAUACAGCCAGGAAUCAUCCCUGCUUUUAAGUGUUUAGUUUGCAGUGCUAGUUGUUCUACAGAGAAGGACUACUUUCAGCAUAUAGGAAAUCACCUGAAGAGCCACAAAACUGUCUUUUGUGUAUUUGAAGGAUGCAGCUAGUCAGGAUGGCAGAGAUGGAGGCAAAACUCAGAGUAAUAAUUGACGACCGAAUUGAGAAGUUGGUCCUUCCAUCAGGAAUCCCGCCCACUGUGGAGGAGCUGCAUAAUAUUGUGAAGGAGACCUUUGGGAUUUCUACUGAGUUCAGUCUUCAGUAUUUUGACUUGGAAUUUGAAGAUUAUUUUACUCUUCACAACAGUGAUCUUAUCCAACACAAAGGCACCAUAAAGGUUGUUCACACUUCUCCUAUUCUUCUGAACUUGUAUGCAGCUCAUGAAAGUUUGGACAGUUCCUCUGUUCAACAGUCCACUGACUGUGACUCUGCAUCGUUUGAAGAGUCAACUGCAUCAAAUGCAGAGUCAUCUGCUGGAACAUCUUCUUCACAGGACACCAUUAUCCUGUCUGGGCGCAGUACCACAGAACGCUGUCAGCCAUGGCCAAAGCAGUUCCCCAUUCCGCAGUUUGCAUACGAAACUGAGAUGUAUCUUGAAAGAGGCAAUGAGGACUACAAGAAGAAUGGAACACUUCUCACUACCUCUAAGAUCAAGGCAGACAUACUUGAGAAACUGGCUGAAACUGUAUAUACUUAUACAGCCUAUCCAUCAGGUUCACAGAUAAGUGAUGUUGCUGAGGCACUUGUCAAUAAAUAUCCUUGUCUCAAGGAACCCGGUUCCUUUGCAGGUUACUAUGGCUGGCAGCAAAGCCUUAAAUACAAGAUGUCAAAUUAUCGCACCAAACUCAGAGGCUACGGUGUUCCUGAGGUGUUAUGCAAUGCACUAAAACGCAAGACCCCUGCGGACAAGAAGUCUGCAAAGAAUGUUAAAAAGCCUCGAAAAGCAGAGAUAAACUUCCUUCCUCCUUACCCGGCUGGAGAGGAUGAAGAAAGUCAAGAACAAGAGAGAAUUCUGUUGCUUACUGAAGUAAAGAAAAAGGACAACAACGCAUUG